CAACAAGUGAAGAAGACAGAUAAGAAACUUAAAGAGAUGAAUGCGGCGUUGAAGAGGUUUCAGAAUGGGAAGUACAAAGAAGAAAAGCUGAAUGAGCUGAGGGAAAAGAAGGUGAAUAGGACCAUAUAUAUCAAAGAGAAGUCGUGGCUGGACGAUUUGAAGAAAAAAGAGCAAAAGUUGAAGGAUGCUGUGAAGACCUGCAAAAAAGUGUGGGCGAGGAGGGACAAAGACUUGUGGCAAGCAAGAACUCAAACAGAUAAUGCUGCUGUAGCUAGAGUUAAUCUAACUAGUUUUUCUUGCCGCAUAGUCAUUUCUCCCGAGAAACGUGAACUUGAAAAUAGGAGAGAAAUUGGAAAUAAAACACUUAGACCUUCUAAGAUGCUUAAAACUAAAGAAGAUAUCAUGAAAGUAGUAAAGUUUAUACUCCUAUCAUCAUCAGCUACGCGGUUACAGAAUCUAUCAAAAUCUUUAGAAAGUUUAUUAAAAACUACAACAAUAAGAACCUUGAAAUAUCAAGAAAUCUAUCAACAAAUAUUUAAUGAAUUUCUCAUUGAUGUAUUCGACUUGAACUUCAUAUCAAUCACAGUUGAUGAUGGAUCAAGUAAUAAUGGUGUUCUAUUAGAAAAUGAUAGAUAUUUGGUUGCUCUAUAUGAAGUUAAAAAUGAAAUAGGAGAAGGGAGAUCUGACCCUUUUUUGCAAGCUUCAUUUUCAGUUUUAAAUUUCUGGAAACAGAAUAAGUUGUGUAUUGCUGCAAGCAUUUUCACAGACCACCUUAUUGUAGAUCCAUUGACAGAUUUUGUUUCACUAGUACCAACAAAGCAUCCUAAUGAGUUAGACUAUAUUGCUAGACUAUUUCAAGCAUGGAAACUUGCAAUUACAGAUUUGAAGCACUUUUACCAUACCAACAAAACUGUUGAAUUUGCUUGGAGUUCAAAACAUCCUUGUGAUUAUCAGAAUCUUUUUCCAUAUCCAAAUUUGCUUAUAAUAGAUAAUAAGAAAGUAGAAUUUACUUAUGAAUCUUGGAUGUCAAGCUCAAAAUCAAUGUACACAGCAACAAUUUCAGAUAUGAACAUUGAUAAAAUUGUUAAAUUUACAAAAAAUUACUGUGGUGAUGCACAUAGGUUGUGUGCCUCUAAAGGUUUAGCACCCCAAUUAUUUUGUGUAGAUAGAAAGAUAGUAUCAGGUUGGAUCAUGAUUAUCAUGGAAAACAUCAAAGAGGCAAAGCCAUUGCAUGAAAUUACAUUUAAUUUGAAAAAAGAUCAAGAUCAGAUGUUUCAAGAUAUACAGCAAGCUAUCUCUCUAUUACAUCAUAACAACCUAGUAUUUGCAGAUCUCCAUCCAAAUAAAAUAUUGGUAUAUGAAAAGGAUUAG